AUGGAGACCACAAAUGUCAUAUCGCAGAUUGAGGAGCUCAAUCACAUGACGGCAGAUCUGGGUUCUGAUGCAUCCUCUCAUUACGCGAGAGGUCUCUGCUCCAUGCCAAAUCUUCGAUCACUGGAUCUGUUCCGUGUGAAGCUGAGUGAUGAGUUCUACUCAACAAUGGCCUCUGAGGCAUCAAGAUCAAAGAUUGAGGAGCUAACGCACUGUGGCGCAGAUCUGGGUUCUGAUGCAUCCUCUCAUUACGCGAGAGGGCUCUGCUCUAUGCCAAAUCUUCAAUCACUGGGUCUGGACAAUGUGAAGCUGAGUGAUGAGUUCUACUCGACGAUGGCCUCUGAGGCAUCAAGAUCAAAGAUUGAGAAGCUAGCGCACUUUGGCGCAGAUCUGGGUUCUGUAGCAUCCUCUCAUUGCGCAAGAGGUCUCUGCUCCAUGCCAAAUCUUCGAUCACUGGAUCUGUGUCUUAACGAGAACGACACGGGAAAAGAUUUGUACCCUGACUUCGACGUGGAUGCAGAUCCACCGCCGAUCCUCACCAUCAGCUGCCCAAGACAGGCAUUCUAUAGACCACCAGGAGAAAGCGCUACGCCUAUUGAUAAGUUGAGGGAAAACUUACUCAAGAUACACAGCAGCACCAGAUCUCCUCAUGUAAUUCUUGGCGGCGACUUUAACGUCCCAGGAUUGACCUGGAGCACUUAUGAUGUUACUUCACCAAAGGGAAGUCUUCAGAAGUCCUUACUGGAUCUUAUUGAUGACAACCACUUAUCCCAGAUGGUUACCUUCCCAAUAAGACAUCACCAAAAUGGAACAGAGAACACGCUGGAUCUCUUACUAACAACACAUCCUUCCCUAGUCACAGAUGUGAAGCCAGUUGCAGGCCUCAGUGACCAUUGUAUUGUUAAAGCAAAGUUCUCUACCCUUACCAAUCUUCUGAAAAAGCCACCGCGCAUAAUGCAACUAUGGAAGAACGUAGUCCCCGAUGACUUCAAAGACAAAGUUCGGAAACUGAAAGCAGAUUAUUUUGAGAGAAAUCCUGAUUCAAAAUCGGUUGAGGAAAACUGGUUGUGUUUCAGGGAUAAUCUGAAGACAAUAGUCUCGGACACAGUACCUACCAAAACAGCCAAGGAGAAUAUACGUAAGCCUUGGUUCACACGCACACUCAAGCGACUGUGUAGCAAGAAAGAGAAAGCUUACAUCAAAGCAAAGCGUUCUGGAAAUCACCAAGACUGGAUUGAUUUUACAAACAUACGCAAAUAUGCUAGUAAAUCCAUCAGAUCUGCACACAGGCAAUACAUCAAAGAGUUGACGGAGGACGCGAACACCAAGAAUUUCUGGCGAUAUAUACGCUCAACAAAAAAGGACAAUGUCGGCAUUCAAACCCUGAAAGUCAAUAAUCAAACUCUCACCAAUGCCCGAGACAAAGCGUUUGCACUAUCAAGCCAGUUUGAAAGCGUCUUCAAUCGAGAGAGCCAAGGCCAAAAGCCUCAACCAACCAUGACUGGAAAUCCCUUCCCGGAGAUGCCACCCAUAAUUGUCGAUACAGAAGGAGUUAGGAAGCUGUUGCGGAAUAUCAAUACCUCAAAGGCUAUAGGUCCAGAUCAAGUCCCGAAUCAAGCCUUGAAGUUAGCAGCAGAUGAAAUUGCUCCUGUACUCCAGCAUCUAUUUCAGCAAUCACUCGACCUGGGUAACCUCCCGGAGGAUUGGAGGAAAGCAAACAUCACACCCAUCUACAAGAAAGGGCCCACAACAAAUCCAGCGAAUUACCGUCCGGUCUCUCUAACGUGUGUUUGCUGUAAGCUCCUGGAACAUCAUUGA